AACCAACACGACCAGAACACGAUGCCCAUCUCAGACCUGUCUCGAAGUCUCCAAGCAUUUGGGCCCGGCCUUCAUGACACGAUGCUUGUUGCUCAUCGUCCUCUUGGUCAGAAUUGACCUCUACAUCGCGAACGAUAGCAGCGUCUCAACGAUUCCUGCUAAUCCAAGCCCAGUUCGCAGGUCAGCGCGACACUGGAGGUCUGAUCUACGGCCAACCCGGUAGAGCGCGCCAGUGAAACCACCAUCUGACAGUGGCAUCUAGUAUGUCGAGAAAUCUCAAUGGCACAAUCGCAGUACAUUAUGCCAUGUCAGCUCGUUCACUUGUUGGACACUACAGGACAUAUAUAACAUGCAUAGCGGUUCGGUUCAUGACUAUUCGCAGAUACAGGCUAGAGCUACACAAGUCACUGUCUACAAGUAGUCCAUCGUCAAUCUCGUCGCACUCUUUGUUUGUCACUCAAGGCAGGUCGAGGUUCCUGCAUCUGUCUCCUUGGAGCGCGUGCAUUGCUGCUAGAUUGUGUUUUGGCCUUGCAACGCUGGCGUGCUUGACACCUACACGGCCCGCGCACACGGCGCCCCGAUUCGGCUUUCAAGUAUGUAAACUACUCGGAGCCUCGCCCGAGCGGCAACCAUUUGGUCUUUGCUCAGAUGCCUCGAACUGUCGGCGUCUAUCUACGCUGACAGCGCUGCAUCCUAGCUCUGCAUCUACGUCCUCGGUGCUGGCGGCUAAUACUGUGACCACCGCGGGCGUACAGUGUAGCUUAUGCGCCGGAACCAUGUACAACAUCACGACUCCGAUAGCAACAUCGGCGUUCCCAGAUCACGACCGGGGAGGCGCUCGCAGAGUCUGUGUCUCCGACCCUGUGUGCGCGUUUCACCCCUGCCCCUCCAUGCCAGAGCAAGGCGUCGGCGAGCACUGGCAUUGCUAACUGCACAGCUCCGUCGUACGUAUGGUCUCCUUGUCUGAGCCGGACCAUGGCUCUGGAAUGCCUCUCCUCUGAUAAAAGAUGGAUCUCAA